UUCACAGAGAGAGAGAGGGGGAGACAGGAAGAGGUGACCGGGCCGAGCGUACAGAGAGUAGUGCGGGUGCAAUGUGCGGGACGAUACGCGGAUAGACGCUACAAGGCGAAUCCACCGCAGGAUCCGCAGGCUUGGAGGGCGGCGGUACGGGGGGCACAGAGAGGGACAAGAGAGAAGCCACAGUGAAGCUUACACACGCAGCUUGACACGAAGUGCGAUGGAGGACCUGGGAGAGAUGGACUGCCCGGUGCUCAAGCGGUUCCUGAAGGACGACAGCGGCAAGUGUCUGCUGCUGGACUGCCGCUCCUUCCUCGCCUACAGCGCGGGACACAUCCGCGGCGCCGUCAACGCCCGCUGUAACACGAUCGUCCGCCGCAGGGCCAAGGGCGCCGUGCUCAGCAUGGACCAGUUACUGGCCGGGGAUGAGGAGGUCCGGGGCCGCCUCCGCUCCGGGAUGUACUCCGCCGCGGUGCUGUACGAUGAGAGGACGCCGGACGCGGAGACGGUGAAGGAGGACAGCACCCUGAUGGUGGUGCUCAACGCGCUGAACAGGGACGCCUCCGGCACUCACAUAUACCUGCUAAAAGGUGGCUACGACAGGUUCUUCUCAGAGUACCCAGAGUAUUGUUUAAAGACCAAAUCCUUACCGCCCCUCACCAGCCAGUCCAGCAUCGACUCUGGGUGCUCGUCUUGUGGGACGCCACACCACGACCAGGGUGGCCCAGUUGAGAUCCUCCCGUUCCUCUACCUUGGCAGCGCCCUCCAUGCCUCAAAGAAAGAGGUUUUGGACAGCAUAGGAAUCUCAGCCCUGCUUAACGUGUCCGCCGACUGCCCCAACCACUUUGAAGGGGCGUACCAGUACAAAUGUAUUCCUGUGGAGGACAACCAUAAAGAAGACAUCAGCUGCUGGUUCCUGGAAGCUAUUGAGUUCAUAGAUUCAGUACGCGACUCCAGUGGGCGGGUGCUGGUCCAUUGUCAAGCAGGCAUCUCCCGCUCAGCCACCAUCUGCCUGGCUUACCUGAUGAAGAGGAAGCGUGUGCGCCUGGACGAAGCCUUUGAGUUUGUGCGCAGGCGUCGCAGCAUCAUCUCCCCCAACUUCAGCUUCAUGGGCCAGCUGCUGCAGUUCGAGUCGCAGCUCCUCGCCACCUCGUGCGCCGCAGAAGCAGCCGCCACAGUGAGCCCGCUGCUCGGGCCCAAGUCCUCAACGACGGCCACCUCGACGUCAGCCACGCCCACCUCGCCGUUCAUUUUCAACUUCCCUGUUUCUGUGGUGAACUCAGCCUACCUUCACCACAGCCCGAUCACGACCUCUCCAGGCUGCUGAUGGACGGCCGAUCGCAGCCUUUCCCCCUCAACAAACUAACUUGAGCACAGACUGGGCUGCCAUUGGUCUUACUGACUGCUGCUCAUGCUUCCAGGGCGAUGAGGUGCGAAGCAUCACGGUGCCUGAUUUAAAACUCAAAAGACUGAAAAAAACAAAACUUUUUACAGUUCAGAAACCAGCCAACGCUCCCCUGACCAAAAAUGAACUGGCUAAGAGAACUUGUUUCAGUAAACGAGUGUGGACGGAGUGUUGGACUGACGUUUAUUGACCCUCUUCCUUGGAAAAAAACAAAACAAAAACAAAAACAAAAACGACAACAACACGCACAGAGGCACACUGACACGCAAACACUGACACAGAGAGGCAUGAGCAGCAGCGAACACACACUCUCUCUCUCUGCCUCACACACACACCCGAACACACACACACACACAUUCAUGACUACCAACUGAAUAAGCUCAGUAUGAGGACAGGGUCUGUUGCUAUGGAGACAACAGGUCUUUAGGAGAGGAGAUGGACACAGGAAGGAAGGAGGAAUUUUAAGCACCCGCUCUUUCCCCCUUUUGGGUGUCCGUCCUGUUGCCGGACAAAAAGAGAUGGAUGGAAAGAAAGAGAGGAGGAGAGGGUGACAGAAAGCAGGAGCCUCUUCAGUGACAGGUGCUCUGCCGGCGAUCCGACCGGAGCUUCCUGCCUUUCAUACGUCCUCUUCCUCUCUCUGUCUCUCCCCCACACCUUCCUCUCCUCUUUUUAUCCUUUUAUAUUCCUCCCCUCCUCCCCCUCCUCCUCCUCAUCCUCUCAUCUCUGCCUCUCAUCUUCAUCCACCCCCUCUUCUCUGCGCCUCAUCUCCUCACUGAAGAGGGGCUAAAUAAAUAAAAUAAGAUGCCAAAUAAAGGCCAGGGCCCCUUGCUAACGGACUGGGAAACCCCACUGCAGGCCCAUGAUACACACUGUAGGAAACCCCUUCAUAAACAGAAGUUGUUUUGGAUUGGAGGGUAAACUUUGGAGCACAGUAGCUCUGGUAGACAUGCUGGUGUUUUUGCACAUUUUAAUCCAUUAUUAAUAAUUCAUCCUUGCUGUUUUUUUCAGUAAACGGGCUAAAAUGUGCAUCGCCAGCGGAGGCUUCCUUUUUAAGAUGUUUGUGCCUUGUUCUUAAAGGUAUCACAUGGAUCGAGGCGUUCCUGGAUUUGCCAGUGGCACACUUUUUUUCUUAGCUGCUAGAAAACAGAUUGCUGAAUGUUAGACUUUAAAAGCAAAUCUCAGCAUUUCAGCAGUGUGAUACAGACUCUUAUUCCACAAUGUCAACAGGGCAAAAGCUACCCUCUUCGCCUCUACUCGCGUCCAGUCGCAGACGGACACAAUCAUGGAGACAAAAGAGACCGCUUUGUGCUUUGAGGCCAUAAUCCAAUAACAGGAAGUAGACUUCAGUCAGUUCAUUCAGUGUAUAUCUGAGUCCUAAUGUGCACACACACACACACACACACACACACACAGACGUACGUACAACACAACCAUAACUCUUGUCCGCAGUUCUCUCCGUAGCACUUUGAAGUCAUGCAAUACUGUACUCACAUCAAAUCUUCAUAACAACACAAUUUGAGACAACGUUUGUACUGCUUCUGCUCUCGGCCAGGCUGAGCUCUACACUCUGUGCUAGAUGUCCAAAGGCACAAAGUCCAACCAUGGUUGCUUUUAUACCCGGGUCCUGAUGUACGCACAAAACACACACACACACACACACACACAGACGGUUUCAAAGAAAACAAAACCUUUCUCAGUUUUUAAAAGAUUGUCGGCACCUAUCUCUGUAGCACUUUGAAGUGAUGCAAUACUGUAUUUAUAAUUUAUGAUUGAUUUGUACAUCAUGGUGAUGGUAGACUGACUAGACUCUGCAUAAAGACAUGUUGUCCACGUAGAGAGAGAGAGAGAGAGAGAGAGAGAGAGCGACAGAGAAGAGAGAGCCAAUCAGUGAGAAACGCAAUACUUUGUACACAUCUGUGUGGUACCUGUCUGUCCGUCUGUCCGUCAGCCUGUCUGCCUCUCUGUGUUAGUUCAUCUGUCUAGACUUGUCUCUCCGUCUGGUCAAUGCUGUUUACCCAUCAUGGCAAUAUCAAUCCUCCACUUGGACAUUUAUAUAAAAAACGAAAAAAACAAAAAACAACUUUCCCUCAAUUUUAUUGUGGAAUGGAUGACCUGUGCAUUUAUUUAUUACUGAGGAUCCACUGUUGAAUAAACAAUGUUCUUAAUGAA